AUGCGCUGCCAAAUGGGGGAGCAAGUCCGAGGUCUUGACUCUCAGGCGGAGAGUCGACAACAGUUGCUCCAAGAUGUGGCCGACUUCCUGCGCCGGAAGGCUGAAGUGGAACAAGAAUAUUCCAGAGGACUGGAGAAAUUGUCGGAACGUUUCUCGGCUAAGAUACGUGGCUCCAAGGAGCAUCAGAACUUCAGAGCAAAGAGAUGGAACAGCAGAUGCAGGAUGAGCUCCUGAAGGCAAUUUCAGAGUUGCAGAUGGCUAUGAAGUCAUACCAGACGUACCGCAUUGAUUGCCUGAAUGCUGAGGCGAAGCUGCGUGAGGCUGAACGGCAAGAGGAGAAGCGCAGCGGCGGAAAGCAUUCAGAUCCUAGCGGAUCCCCGGGUGGGGCUGGACUUGACAAAACCCCUCGUCGCGCUUCACUUCGGAAGGUGGAGCGCCUCCUGGAAAAGUGUUUUGACCUUGGCUUCCACCUGUCGCUGGGCAAAGUGCUGAGGACCUAUCUAGCCGCAGAGUCACGGGCCCAGGCAUCUUGGCAACAGGGCCUGUGCGCCAUUGAAGGGGUGGUUGAUGCUUUGGAUCCAUUGGGAGAUAAGUCCAGGAUGAUGGAGGCCAACCCUGCAGCCUAUUGCCCUCCUCUGUCUUUUGACUACCAGCCUCAUGAAGGCGACGAGGUAUCUGAAGUCCGGGCUGAGGGUCCGCUGAGAAAUGAACUAGUUUCCCGUUUCCAGCACAUCCAGUCUCGCCUCAAUUCCAUCACCCUGGAGACAGAUGAAGUCAACAAGACUCUGAAGGCCACCUUGCAAAGUCUGAUAGAUCUUUUGACAGCAGAGGAGCCCGAAGCUCUGGAUGCCUUUCAAGGCUGUCAGUCUACAGAGUCACUCAAGUCCACAGGUUCUGAUGCUGGUGGGAAGCAGGCAUUGGCAAAGCGCCGGGCCAACCAGCAGGAUACGGAAAGCUUCUAUAUCAUGAAAUUCAAAGAAUAUCUCUCUGGACGAAGCAUUCAAACAAAACUGCAAGCAAAGCAUGACCAGAUGAAGGAAGCGAUAGAGAAAGGUGCUGCGUUGGAUAGAGAAUUAGCCAGGCCACAGUCCCAGCGCAUCCGGCGGUCCCGCCCUCCCUCGCGCUGUCAUCACCAGCUCUUCGAGGGUGACCUACAGGCCUUCUUGGAGGAGGCGGAGGCUGCAGGCACGGAAGCAGGUACAGGACUGGCGGUGGGAAACGGUAGCCUGACUCGGUGGGUGGGGAGGCCUGCCAACCUAAGGGGCAUGGAAGGGUACAUAGGCUGCUUGCGUGAUGGACUGUACUUUCUCAUUAAAAAAAAACACACACACCAUGAUUUUGAGUGUUUGUGUACUCACUCACUUAUAUAUAUAUUUAUGUAUGAGUGUGUCUGCAAGUAUUUGUGGGAUUAUAAAGUGCUAACCUUGCAUGAAGCAUGCUUUGCACAUCAGACUAUUUAUCUGGAGCCUUUAGCUGAUCGCAUCUCACACCUCCGGGCUCUCAUUUCCCAGCUUCCGUCGGUAGUGUUGGUGGUUCUGCGGUACCUUUUUGCUUUCCUCAACCAUUUAUCCCAGUACAGUGAUGAGAAUAUGAUGGACCCCCACAACUUAGCUGUCUGCUUCGGCCCCACCCUGGUGACGGUACCUGCAGGCCAGGAUGCCGUGUCGGUGCAGCCUCACAUCAACGAGGUGGUAAAGUGCCUGAUUGUCCAUCAUGAAGCCAUCUUUCCUGGAGCUAAUCAGCUGCCUGGGCCCCAGUAUGAAAAAGUCAUGGCUCUGGCCGAAGAGGAGUACUG